GCCGAGCACCGUUCAAACUUCAAAUGAGAGGGGGGGGGGGGAACCCUAGACGAGCCCCCUCGCAACGGUCAGAUCCAUUCCUAUAUAAUCCCCAUGCCGCCGCCCCCCUCCUCCGCAUCUCACCUCUUGAUUCGCCAAAUCCACCGCGCCACACCCACGCACGCACCCGGAGGAGAAGGUAAGAGAAGGUAGGGGACGAGAUGGAGGCGGCGGCGGCGGCCAUGGACUUCCACGCGCUCUCGCGCCGCGAGCUCCAGGCGCUGUGCAAGCGCAACGGCGUCCGCGCCAACAUGACCAACGCCGCCAUGGCCGAGGCGCUCCAGGGCCUGGCCUCGGUCGACGGGAUCGACGAGAUUGACACGACGCUCUGCCUCCCGAUGCCGGGGAGGUCGGCGAUGAAGUCGGCGGCGAAGAAGGCGGAGCUGGCUGAUGAGGAGCAGCAGCACGGUAGCCCGCUCCCGCGCGGCCGCCGCGUGUCUGUGAAAUCGCCCGAGGCCAUCCGGAUGGAGGUCGAGGAGGGCGAGGACGAGAUGAAGCGGGAUCUGGUGAAGGAGAUCGUAAGGACCCACGGCGUGGCGCUGCGCAGCACAAGCCGUCGCGCGCGGCUCACGCCCGCGCCGCUCCCAACUCCGGUGCCGGCGUCCAGCGCUCGCGCGACGACGAGGAGGGCCCCCGCGCGGAAGGCGGAGGAGGUGGCGCCGACCCCAGGCACCCUGCGGAGGAGCCAGAGGACCGCGGCUCGGAAGGCUGCGGCACCCGUGGAGGAGGAGCAACCCGCCGAAGAUGUGUCCGCGGCAAAGAGAACGACGAGGUCCACGAAAUCCAAGAUGACGUUGGCUUUAGACCAGGAAGAGGAGGUGGUGGCAGCCGCAUCUAAGGAGGAGGAGAAGGUGCAGCAAGAGGAACCAAAAGCCGUCGCCUCUGAUGUGCGAUGUGAUGACCCCGACGAGGACGAAGUUACCAAAGACAAUAAAGAGGAGGAAGCAGAGGAGGGCCUGGAAGCUGAUUCUUCUGAUACGGCCAUCGGGUCUGCAGUACCUUCAGAUAAGAGUUGCGACGAUACUAAGAUGGAGGAAGUGAUGGUUGUGAUGGAGGAAGAGGACACAAAGACCCAGGAAGGAAUUGUUGAAGAAAAGGAACCAACCAGUGUUGAGAAGCCUGCUCCCUUGGCAACCAUGGAGGAUUCACCAAUCCUAGGCGUCCUGUCCAAGUCUGAAGCCUCGGAACCAGUCAUUCAGAAGGCACAAGAUGCCACACUUGGAGAUGAUGAGGGCUGCGCUGAAUGGUCACCUGUGACAGAGAUUGCUGAUGAGAUCGAUGCUGUCAUUGCAGAUAAGGAAGUGCCUGUCGAUGAGGAGGCCAUCAAAGAAGAAAGUUGCACUAUCACUGGUGAGACUGAUAAUUUCCAUGAGAUACUUCCCACUGCUGCAGAAGAAGAUGAGACCAGUGAGGACAAUGGCCUCACUGAAGUAAAAGAAGGGGCUGCUGAUGAGAUGCCUCAAGCUGGAGUGGAAGCUGGUGAAGAAGAUGACCUUAUUGAACUGAAAGGAGGGGCUGCUGAUGAGGUGCCAAAGGCUGAACUGGAAGAAGAUGACCUCACUGAACUGACAGACGAUGAAACCAGUGAAGAAGAGGAGGAAGAUGACCUUCAUGAACUGAAAGAAAGGGCUGCUGCUAAGAUGCCGCAGGCUGAACUGGCAGAUGACAAGACCAGUGAAGAAAAUGAGGAAUGGGCUUCAGAUGAUGCUGAGGCCUCUGAGGAAAUUUACUCCACUGAUGACAGCGAUGAAGAGACUGACACCGCGGACGUGGUCCAGAGGCUGCAGGGAACUGUGAUUGCUGAAGAGGCUGCAGUGGAAGAUGCUUCUACUGAAGAUGAUGAUUUCAGCGGUGACCUACCACCAGAGUUUGACGAUGUUGCAGUAUUCAAUGAUUCUGAUACUGAGAGUGACAUUGCUGCUCCGGUGCUCGAGGAAAACCAGGAUCUUGUUGCAUCUGCAACCAAGACUGCUCUGAAGCCCCUGGACGACUCUGACAUCACUGAAGAGCAUGCGCAGGAGGCUGAUGCUACUGAAAAAGCAGUGAAAGAGGUUGACAAAAUUAUGAAGUCCUUGGAUGCAUUCACGAUCAAGGAGGGAGAAGCAAAGGAGGAGAUGCAGAAGCUACCACAAGUUGAUGAUUAUGAAAGCAUGAGCCUGAGGAAGCUUAAGGCCACAUACAAGGAACAUCUUAUGGCUUCAAAGGCCGGGAAGAGGUUUCCGCUCGAGGAGGUAGAUGAGAACGCCUGCGGCGACUGCUGAAUGGCAAUGGUGGUUAAACGGGAUCAGAAUUUUUUUGUGUGAGGAUGGCAUCUGCUUCGACGGGAUUGAAUAAAGGACGCUCUGGUUGUGAAGUGAUAACUAGGCUACCGUUCAUUUCCGAAAAUUUUCAUGUGUGAGAGGAGGUCGUGAUCAGGUGUGAAACCGUGGUUUCAGCCAACCAACUUGCAGAUUGUGUUGGUUCUAUCUUUCAUCUUCUUUGUUUUUUGUUCGUUUCGUGUCAGUUACAAGGUUUAUUCAGUGGAUAUGGGGUGAGUAAUGAUGAGACCAUGUAAUCGGUUAACAUAUAGUAUGAUGGUCUUGAGUCCAUGCUUUACGUA